AUUACAUUUAUUGAGGUUAUGAGAUGGUAGUUCACUACCUCCGAUUGUCCAGUCGGUCUGUAAGAAACGUAAUACGUUUCCACAGCAGAAAGUUCUCAGCCUCAAAUGUCCAUCCCAAAAGUUCAAGUCCCCUAAAAUGGGUUCCUGUAGCAGUAGGAGGAGGAGCUGUUGGUGCUGCAGCUCUUGAAUACUUUUAUCCUCAAGCUAUUACUGCUUAUAUACCAUUUCUGAAGAAAGAUGUUCCUCCAGUGGAUUCAGUUCAGGAAGAGAAACCUUUUGAAGCUAUUGAUCUACUAUUCAAAGCAUCUCAAGAACAAGUGAAAGAAGAUUUGGACAAUUCUAUCAACAAACUGAAAGAUAUAAUAGGGGAUGAAAGUACAGCUGCAACAAAUUCAGAGGCUGUCAGUAGUCCACAGGAUGAACACCUAGAAUUGAGUAUACCAGAUGAAACUGUCAUCGGGGUUGUUGAAGAAGUGACAGAUUCAGAGACUGAAGCAGGUCCUGCGAAGAAGAAAAAGAAGAGGAGGAAGAAGAAGAAGGUUGAAGAGGUGGUUCCUGCAGAAGUUGAGGUGGUAACUGUUGAACCUGCUGAAACUGUAGCUCCUGCAGUCCAAACAACAGUGGAAGCAGCUGAGAUUAUCCCUGAUGAAAUCACUUCAGAAUCAGAUCUCACUGCUCCUCAAGUACCUGAUGAUGUCAUCACCACAUCAGCUCCUAUUGCAGCUACUGAGGAUCUCACAUGUGUCAGUCCAUUUGAGGUCCCCGAAAAUAUGUUGCUAGAAGAGACCCCAGAUCCAGAAGAAAUAGUUGAAACUGUAACCGUCCCUGAACCAGAGACAGAUGUCUCAGUUGGUGCUAUUGAGUCUGUGAUAGAGAGUGCAUUAGUAAGUGAUCCAGUCGAUGAGGUUCUCGGACUCGUAGAGGUUAAACCAGAUGAAGCUGAGUUGAUAAUGGAUGCUCUGAAAUCAUUAGAUUAUGAGCCGGUUCUGUCUGAUACAGUACUUGAUCUCCUAGUUGGUAAAGCUGCUAACAGAGAGAAAGCUGUAAUUGCAACCAUAUCUAGACUUGAGAACGCCAUGGCUAAUGUGGUUAACAUAGUCCAGGACGCACUGGAACACCAUAACACUACCUCUGCUCUGGUCACUUUGGCUAAACUUAAUGCUCAGUCGAUAUCUGAAGCAACGAGUAAGGAAGCUGCCAAGGAGUUGCUCGAGGAGCUACUUCGGUCAUCUGGAAACGUGGGAGAUGCAUUCAGCAGGGGAGAGGAUAUUGGUGACAAGGUAACUGGAGCAUUCAGCAAACUAAGUGAGAUCAUUGAAAAAGCUGAGCAGUUUGACUUAAAGGGUCCAGUCGAUGCAGCGAGAGCUUUGCUAUCAAAAAGCAGAUCAGAUUACUACAAGUCAUGUGAGAUAGCUCAGGAGAAUCAAGUAGAUCAUGCUCUUUUGUCCCACUAUCAGACUAGUGUGAUCAACAGAAAGAAGGUUUUGGACAGAGAGUUGGAGAUACUGCGAGACCACUUCCCACAAAAACACCACCAGCUGAACAAGACAUUUGAAUCACUUGAGCACCACCAAGCUCGAGUAGAUGAGCUGAAUACACUCAUAACUUACCUCAGUAACAAGGUGGGCAGACUGGAAUCGGAACUUGAGACCCAACAGAACUCUGAACUUGAAAAACUGAAAACAGUCGCUGAGGCUCAGAAAGCAGAGGAUGCUAAGAUACUGGAGGAGCGGAUGAAGGGUCAGGCAGAACAGUUGAGGUACAAGUACGAGUUGGAAAGGCAGAGUGAGGUCGAGAGCGCUGUUGCUGCUGCACGUGACGAGAGCGCUAGACACGCAGCCAAACAGGCACAGAUAUUGAAACAGGAGAUGACGGAGGCAGCUGAGAAACAGAUCAGAGAUCUUAAUUCCUUCUGGAGUGACGAGGCUGCACUAAGAGAGUCAGUGGUAGAAGUUGAGUACCAGUGUAAACUUGAGAAAACAGACGCUCUUCUCUCUGGUGUCACACAAAUGUUGGACGUACAAAGUGAGAGAUAUCAGACUCUUCUGUACAAUCAGAAACUACUCAAUCUUACCACAGUCCUGUUCGAAGCAAUCAACACGAGUGAGAAUAUUGACGCAGUGCGCCUACAAGCUAGUGUAGAUUUGCUAAGAAUGGAGUACACCAGUGAUCCGCUGAUAUCUGCUGUUACUUCUUCUAUUCCUAGUUCAGUUCAUUGCUCUUCUCUUACUAUUCUCAGAGACAGGUUGACUGAAUUGGAUGGUAAAUGCAGAAAAGUAGCACUGAUGACGUCAGAAGACUGUGGUAUUGGGUCCAGUAUCUUGUCACGUGCUAUGUCAGUCCUAACACUACACGAUGACACGUAUGAUACUAAACCCGAGGAGGGAGGAUCGUGGACGCUGUAUUACCUUAACAAAGCAGAGCGAGAGAUGAGGAACAAUAAUCUGGACACUGCUGCGCGGUAUCUCAACCAACUUGUCGGCAAACCACGUGCCAUUGUCACGGACUGGUUGAAAGACGCUCGAACUCUGCUCGAAAUGCGACAGUCUGCGAGUGUGCUACUAAACUACGCCAAGUCAAGGAACAACUCGUAGCAGGAAGUAAAAAUAUCACACCGAGUAUUUCUUUCACCCCACUAAGAGUAAUUUAUUUUGAUCACUAUUUGUCGAUAACUAAGGGGAAAAUACGAUUUUAAACUGUUAAGGAAUUGAAAGAGAAAGAGACGAUAUAAUUAUCUGUCAAAGUUUUUCUAAUUUUAGAAAUGUUUGAUACUCUACAAGGUAUGUUUUAUUUAUGAAGAGUUGUGUUUAUUUAUUGCAAAGGUAAAUCAUGACGAAGACUGAUACAUGAUUUGGGAUAAAGUUUUUUUACUCCACCGAAAUAGUUAAGUAUUUGAUCGCUAAGAAACAUUCUCCACGUCACGUUAGGAAUUGUGUUUUGUACUUAGUUUUAUAUAAUUCCAGGGAGUGUAGAUUAUGUUUUGUGAUAUAGAUUGUCUAUUUUGAAAAAUCGAUCCAUUGAUCAUUAAGUUACUUAAAUUCCUAUAAUAUGUGCAUAAUAGCUUUGAAUUGGUUG